AUGGAGCCAUUUAAUGCAAAACUCGCCGCGGCGGGGACAGGUGCGACCAUAACCGCACUCACGAUGACGCCGUUCGACGUGGUGAAGACACGGCUGCAGACACAACCCCUACGUCCAAUGUCCUUGUUCCCUGAUCCACCUCCAAAUACAUGCUGCCAGCCUGCCAAUGUACCAUGUGUGCGCCGAAUGUCUUCUCUUGCUCCUGCAGUCGAAGGAGAAGUUGUCUGUAUUUGGGACCAUGGCGUCCUCAGGAGAGAGAGAGUAACCGGCUUUCUUGACGCCAUACGGCAUGUAGUGCGGGCAGAGGGUAUCCUGGGUCUAUGGAAGGGCGCCGGGACGUCACUUGUAAUAGGUGUUCCAUCAUCAACAUGUUACAUGUUGACUUACGACCACCUGCUGAACGUUGUCCUGCCGCCCCUCCUCCCUCCAACCCUUGUCCCACUGGCCUCGGGUAUACUCGCACGCACAACGAUUAGCUCCAUCAUGUCUCCUCUGGAACUCGUUCGGACAAAGCUGCAAUCAACGCCACUGUCACCCGACAUCCCUCACACACUGCGGUCUGUCCUCUCCUCUGUCCACGCCGUAACACGCGCACAGGGCAUGUGGUAUCUAUGGAAAGGGCUAGGGCCAACACUAUGGCGCGAUGUUCCAUUCAGUGGGCUGUACUGGGCAGGUUACGAGAUGCUGAAAAGGGAAUUCGCACGGGAAGGUCUCGCUGGGCCUCAAGUUGCAUUUGCCAGUGGAGCGCUUAGCGGGACGACAGCUGCGCUGUUGACUUCUCCGUUUGACGUGCUCAAGACAAGGCGGCAAGCUCUCUUGGCGUCGUCAGCAUCAGGACCCAAGCUUACGGCAACCUUCCCGUUAUUGAGAGAGAUAAUUCGGACGGAAGGCUUCCCUGCUCUGUAUGCCGGCAUCCUGCCACGGAUAGCGAAGAUCGCUCCAGCGUGUGGUAUCAUGAUUGCUUGUUUUGAGGGCGUUGGAAGACUGCUCACGAAGGGGGAGGAGGAACCUUAG